CUUCACUUGACUUGUCUGCCUUGAGUGCAUCAAAUCGUGUUUCGUAGAUUUCUUGGGACUAUUUUUAAAGAAAUAACUUCGAAAUUUAAUUCAAGAUGUCGAAAGUGACUUUUAAGAUUACGCUGACUUCGGAUCCGAAAUUGCCUUUUAAAGUAUGCUGACUGGGCAGAGCUGAAGUUACUUCGCAAAGUCAACUAUGGACGUGGUUGCUAAGCAAUUCGUCGACCUUUUUCAAGAUUUCCUCCAACUAUGCCAGCUCCACGACUGGCCCGACAAUGACACAUCUGACACAGAAAUUAAAAAUGCAUUCCUUGUAGCCCAUCACAUUGAAAAAUGUCUAGAUAAAUUCCAAAGAAGAGAUAUGAUCAGUGACGUCCUUACCAUAUUGAAUAAAGAACAUGACAUGUCAAACAUUGUGCUUAAAAACUGUUUUGCAGACCCACCAAAAUACAUAUUGAAGAAAAUUAUAACUUCCAAUACUAAAAUAACACAAAUGGAUUUAGGUUUCAAAAUAUUUCUUCAAAAUUUCUCAGAUGAUAGAUUAGAGAAAUGCUUGUCUGAGCUGAUGUUAGAAGCGGCAUCAAAGGAGACUCUUCUUAGAAACUUAUCUAUAGAAAUGUCAAGAGACAAAUUAAUGCAGUUUAAAAGUAAUAUUCUAUUAGAUGAACUAAAUAAUUGUGAUGAUCCUAAGGAACCUAUAAUGAUUAUGUUAGAUAGUUGCACUCAGGAUACAAUUGAUCUUUUAGUCUUAAGUUUAUUAAAUAAGGAUCUUAAAUAUCAUAAAGCUGUGAACAACAUUAUCAAUACACUAAUAACAAUUAUAUCAAAACAGAGUCACAUUUACAAAAAAUUCUGGAACUUUUUGUCCAAAGUUGAUGAGAAACAGUUCAUACAAUUAUGUUUAGAACAUUCAGACUUGUGUAAAAUUAUUGUAAAAGCCUUAUUAGACUGCGGUAAGUUGUUGAAAGAGAAUAUGUCAUCUGAAUACUUUUACAUUGACCUGACAUACUCUGAGCUAGCGGGCAUAGUGCAGACGUUGUGCAAGGAUCCAUGUUUACGAUUAGAGUUUGAAGAUAUAGUUAGGAGCAGUUCUGAUGAUUGGACGUUUUGGGAGAAUAUGUUGCCAUCAUGAUAAAUUAUUGUUUAAUUUUUAAUACACUUUUUA